AAUCGAAUUCAGAAUGAAGGUAAGAACAUACGACCGUUUGCUAAUACUACUUUCGGUUCUCGGAGUUUUACUUUCAACCUAUGCACUGUAUGUGGAGCUGAAAGUGGAGGCAAAUCCCAAUUAUAAAGCCUUUUGCGACUUUUCCGAGCGAGCAAGUUGCACGAGAGUGCUUACUUCGAAGUAUGCCAAAGGUCUUGGAAUAAUCGACGAAGGAUCAUAUUUACGUCUUCCGAAUCCAAUUUAUGGAACAAUUCACUUCUGCAUUAUGAUCAUUUUAAGUGCUUACGACAGUUUGGUUACGACAAAUAUUCAAUUUUCCCUCGCUGGAAUAUCUUCACUGCUGUGCUGCUAUUUAGCGUAUAAUCUUAUUUACGUUUUAAAAGACAUUUGUAUAGUUUGUAUAUCUACUUACUUGAUAAAUGGAACUAUGUUAUUUUUGAUUUGGAGCAAAUUUAAACGUCAAGCAAAGAAAAUUGCUUAAAUUGUGCAUUCUUCUAGAAUAUUCUAAAUUAAGGUUCAACGGCAGGGGCACAAUCUUUUAGGUUUAUAUUAUAUGAUACAAAAUAUAGUCCUCUUCAGAGGUCUUAGCUUGAAUAAAAAGGUUGUUGUAUUUU